AAUUGAUAGUGAUAUCGCCAGUCUCGGUAUUUCUGCUGCCGCGCCGCAGCACCGAUCUACCCGGUUGUCGAGUACGAGUGGGCUAGCCUCCCGCUAAGUAGCUUGCUGUUCCCGCUGCGCUUGAGGAUUUCCAUGGCUUGAGCUGGGAGUGUGCAGUGGUGGUGCAAUAUAGUGGAGGUUGACGUUUGCGCAUACUACUUCUGUUGCCUUUGGUGCACACACGGACCUAAACAUGGGUGUCAGGGGCCUGACUACUCUGGUAGAGAAUCACUCCAAGAAACUCUUCAAGGAAAUCACCCUCCAGGACACCAAGCUUGUCAUAGAUGGCUUCGGACUCCUGUGGUACCUGCUUUCCCAAACUCACAAUGAAGACCGUAUGUCACAUGGUGGGGAGUACGAGCUGCUUCGAUCCAAGAUCCAGGACUUCUUCCAGAACCUCCUCAAGUGCAACUGCACCCCUUAUGUGGUCUUUGACGGGAGCUUUGACUUAGAUGAUAAGAAGCAUAGAACCAUGCUGUCUAGGUUUAAGGAUAAGAUCAGGAUGGCCGGAGAGGCCCUUCGUGGAGGAGACGGUCUCUUGAUGCCUCCUCUGAGUAUCCUCAUAAUGAAGCAGAUUUUGACCGAGAUGAAUGUGGGCUUUGCCUUCAGUCAGUUUGAAGCAGACAGAGAGAUAGCCGUUCUUGCUAACCAUUGGCGCUGUCCGGUCCUAGGAAAAGACAGCGACUUCUUGGUAAUGGACAUCAUUGGAGGCUACCUUCCUUUGACAUCGCUCAAGUGGAAAGCUGUUCAGAAAUCCAGAGGAGGAAAAUGUUACAUUGUGGGUCAGAUAUAUCAAGUCAACACCUUCUGUAACUUCUUCCAUGUGAAGAAGGAACUGCUGCCUCUCUUUGCCACGCUGGGUGGAAAUGACUAUGUUGAUCCUGACCUCCUGAACUCAUUUUUGUCUAGCCAGGUGAAUGGCAAGUGUGGUGGCAGUGGCAGUAGACGUCAGAUGGAGUUGGAGCACCUCCUUGGCUGGCUGAGUGAACAAAAAUCAAGUGCCAGUGCUUUGAAAGAGGUGUGGAAAUCUCUUCCAAAUAAGAAGGGUUUGGAAAGCUUGUUUGAAGCUUCGAUGGAAAUGUACAGGACCAGACAUGACUCUAGCAGCCUUCUGCCUUACUUCGAAGGACAAGGACUUCCAAAAGACUUCCAAUCAAAGUCCCAACUGUGCUCUGUCAUAGGGACACCAGUUUGGGUGGCUAAAGCUCACCAGGCAGGUUCAUUUGGGAACCUACUGAUCAAUAUUCUGAGCAAGAGUUACUGUUUCUCUAGUGUCCAAGUGGAAAAUCCAAGACAGCCUAGUGCAUGGCUGCCAUCAGAGUUUUUGUUUUCAGUGGUAUCUGGUAUUGUGCUUGCUGGCAAGUUACAUGUACAUGUACAAGGGAAUAAUUCUAAAGGAACAAAUACCAGUACCUGCAAUGUGUACAUUAGAAACGGGGAUAGCUUCAAGAAAAAGAAGGUUUCAACAUUGCACAUGUUGGAGGGGUACGGGGCGCUUCCUGCAUUGGCCGCGAUUCCAUCACUCCCAGAGACAGACAGGCAAAAACUGUUGCUUUGGGUUCUUGCACCAAGUCUUACAACAAGCAUGGACCUUAUCUCAUUCCCUGCUGACUUCCAGCUAGCUCUUCUUGUGAUGCUACACUGGAUGAACUCUGAACAUGCCCACUACAACGAGCUCCACGUCAUUGCGUUGCUUGUAGGAUGGGUCUACCUCUACACCCAAAGACAGCACAAGAGAUGCAAAGAUGGAGGACAGUCUGCACUCCAAGAUCAGGGCACAGGCUCGCCCGGUUCAGAGGAAUCUAGGACUGAAUCCAAAGCGUUGCAUACCAGCCUUAGCCACCACCAAGGACAUUUAAGAAAGAGGAAACCUGAUCCCGUUGUUUCUCACAGCUUCUCUCAAUGGCAGCAGUGCCUCGUCUAUGGCAUCCACUUCAACGAACUGCUUCAAUGUCCAAUGCCGAACUGCCCCGAUGCCUCUGUACUCUUCAAUGGCCUUGUCAUGCACAGCCUGUACACGGCGCUUCGCGAAGCAUCAGGGAAGGAACCCCUCCAGAGGUGGGCAGCAGGGAUGUUCUUCAAAGGCGCUCCCGUGCCAUGUCGGCUCUUUAUUUCCAUGCAUGACUUCAUCACUUCCAAGGCCAGGAAGGAUGGUCAGAAGAAGGCUCCCAAAGGCCCCGCUGAGCAGAAACAACCCAACCAAUCAUCCAGGAAGUCCAGGUCAAGAGGUGGUCGGAAGCAGAAGAGACAGCAACAACAGCAGAAGGCAAGGCCAAGGAACGAGGAUCUAGUCAGUGAAGAGUCAGACUCUGACCAAGGCUGGAGUGCAAACAACAGAUUUGCUGUACUCCAAUAACAUUGAAUAGGUUUGCGAAAUUUGGUCAUCCUUUAAUGCCACACAAAGUUAUGCCAAAAAACUCGCUGUUUAAAGUGAAUGUAGGCAAUUGUAGAUCUCUGUUGUAAGUUUGGAUCAACUUUCUUGUUGAAAGUAGAAAUGUGCAAUCAAGUAGGUACCUUGGAUAUUCUGUUUGUUUGUUCAUUUGAUUUUCCUUUUUUUUCCUUUUUUCUUUUUUUUAAAUAAAUUUUAUCUGUCCCUUUUUUCCUCUUAACCAUUUGACCAUUCAUAUUUUAAUACAGAGAUCAUCAUUAUUGCUAGGGAAAUAUAUUUUGUAUUGCUACUGCACAGCAUUUCCUUGUUUUGUAAUAAUGAGAAGAAUGGAUUGGCUAUGGAUAUUAGAUACAUUUCCAUGAAUAUGGUUUCGUAUGUUUCAAGCAAGCACCGGCAUAGACUAUUCCUAAUGCUGUCUUCCAAGUUCUUUGAAGAACUGUCUAGCUAUCCUGUGUUUAUACACUUGACUUUAUCCCUGAUCUGCCAUUAAUUUUUUUUGUUUUAAUGUGAAAAGCUCUUUUACACUUGUUUUGAUUAUGUUACUCGUUUGCCAACAUGUAUUUGUAUACCGUACAUUAGUUGAUACUAGUUUGAAGAUGUGAGUCAUCUUUUACUACUCUGCUUUGUUUUCCCCAACUAUAGUUCCUGAUGAGACAGCAUAUACACGUAAUGUGAAUGACCUCCAUGUAAAUGUACAUGUUCUGUACA